GUCACGUUGAAAGAGGCUUUUCGUUGCUUACCCUUGCAUUUACUUGCCACCCACAUUUGUUUAUAUAAAUUUUGAGAUAAACUUGAAUUAAAAAUGCUGAGGUCUCGGAUUUUGUCGUUACUCCCUCGGAGAAGAUGCAUUUCAUAUUUUUCCAAUGAAUUCAACAAUUUGGCAAAUAAGUUUCCUGAAUCCAAUCCAACGAAGAAUUUAGCUAUAUUUGUUGACUCGGAUCAUCAAACGGACUUUCUGGAUCAGCUGGUGAAGCUUAGACAACAAAAAGAGUGUACAGCUGUUCCCCUUUUUGCUGGUGCUCUAGUGAAGCAACUACUGGAGUCCUCUGCCAGUCCACAAGAGGCAAUCAGUAUCCUUCGUAAUCCCACGCAAUAUGGCCUGUUUGUCGACAAUUUCUCUGGGUCCUAUUUAAUUGACUACUUUUUACACAACGGCCACGCACUCGAGGCGGCACAGGUCUCAGCGCUUUUAGUUGAACGAGGCUUAUGCAACAGCGAACUACUUCAAUCCCUUUGCAUCCAAUCCUUCUACACAUGGGUGAAGGACUACAAACCAGAGCCAUUGACUCCGACUGAGGCACAGGACAACAAAGUUGCAAAGCCUGAAGUGGAAAAAGUUCGAGUUAAAUUUAUACGAAACCUUCCUGAAGAUACAAAAGAUACAGAGGAAAUUUUACUCGGAAGAGCCUUGACAAAAUGUGCUACAUUUAAGGAGAAUUCAAAUGAACUGGGACAAAAUAUUGCCUUAUUGGGUUUUGUCUUGUCUGGCCAAUUGGCUAAUGGUACCAAGUUUCUACAGCAACAUCGCGGCGUUUUUCACAAGGAAAUUCUUCAAUUGUGUCAGACACUAGUCAAUAGUUUGAAAGUGAAUCAGGCGGAAGACUUUCUUCAACUUCUGGAGCAAACUAUUGGUUCAUCAAACGAAAACCCAAUCGACAAGCUUCUAGACGCUCAAGUGAAACAAAGCGUUAAGAAUUUAGAACCAAAACUCUUGUCUGAAUAUACAGAAACCUAUCAGGAAUGGGUCAAGAACUUCGAUCUUGCUGUUAAGAAACAAAUAGCCACUCGUGAUCUGUAUGACCGUGUGAAAAACAUUCAAAAUACACUGGAUCAGCUAGAUGCAAAGCGACAAGCACUUUGGUUUUAUGAGAACAAAGAUGAUAUCGAUAUACAGAUAUUUAAGAAGAAAAUCUAUUAUCCAAAACGCUGGUUUGGCAAGAAAAAGAAGCCCAAGGCAGUGGACACCUUUUAUGUGCCGCCGAAUAUUACAAGAAGUGCAAAUUAAGUCGCACAUUUCGUUUUGAAUUAAAAAACAAAAAAACAAAUUAAAGAUUCUUUUUAUCUUAAAUGUGACAUAAAAGGAUUAUAGAAAAAAGUAAUUUGUUAAAUUCAAUGAAUCAAUCAAUUGAGUACCCUUAAUUUUCCAAUUUA